ACCCGGCUGCCCCUGGCCAUCAGCGGCAGUGGCCACUGCGCCAUGGAGGCUGCCCUCCUCAACCUGCUGGAGCAUGGUGACACCGUGCUGGUGGCCGUCAACGGCAUCUGGGGACAACGCGCCGCCGACAUCGCCGGGAGGUUGGGAGCCAAUGUCCAUGAGCUGCUGAAGGCCCCAGGGGAGUACUUCACUCUCUGGGACAUCGAGGAGGGCCUGGCACGGCACAAGCCCUCAGUGCUCUUCAUCACCCACGGCGAGUCCUCCACGGGGGUGCUGCAGCCACUGGAGGGGCUGGGCGCAGUGCACGGUGGGCACUCGCGGGGGCUGCGUGUCCCCGCUGUGUGCCCCCGGUCCCCAAGAUGCUGCAUCCUCUCUCACGCAGAGAUCGACGUCCUGUACUCGGGGUCUCAGAAAGUCCUCAAUGUGCCCCCUGGCAGUGCCCCCAUCUCGUUCAGCGAGCGAGCCAGGGAGAAGAUGCUGAGGAGGAAGACGAAGCCUCCAUCCUUCUACCUGGACUUGGGCUGGCUGGCAAACUACUGGGGCUGCGACGGGGCGCCGCGAAGGUACCACCACACGGCACCCAUCAACAGCUUCUUCAGCCUGCGGGAAGGCUUGGCCAUGCUGGUGGAGAUGGGCCUGGAGAGCUCAUGGGAGCGCCACCGGGUCAACUGUGCCCAGCUGUGCCAGGGGCUGCGCGACUUGGGCCUUGAGCUCUUCGUAAAGGAUGAGAAGGUGAGGCUUCCCACCAUCACCACUGUCAGGGUGCCGGAGGGCUACAACUGGGAGGAGAUCACAGCCUUCCUCAUGGACAAACACAACAUUGAGAUCGCUGGGGGCCUGGGACCCUCGGUGGGCAAGGUCCUUCGAAUCGGCCUCAUGGGCUGCAACUCAACCAGCGGCAACGUGGACCGUGUGCUACGUGCCCUGCGAGAUGCCUUCGGGCACUGCCGCCGCCGCAGCAGGCUGUGA